AAGGCAGCAUCGGUUCAUCUAAAACCCAUACGUUGUUGUCAGCGAGCAUCAUCACAUCCCACUGUCAGCUACAAGUGGAAGACAGUGAACACAUGUUUACAUCUUUCAGUGUAAUAAUCGAUGAAUGAGGAUUACCCACGGUGUGGGCUUCAGUAUCCGUGAAGUGUUUUAAACAUGAGAAGACCCCCGAGGCUGCUUCACUGACGCUGCUGAACCCACGGCAGACUGCUGUUUUCCUCCUGCUGGUGAACUGGUUGCACAUCUGACGUUAAGAGUGGAGACUUUACGAGGCCUCAAGCCAUGCCUCGGUCCACAGUAUCGCUGUGAAUCCGCCAGAGCGUCACUUGGAGCGGGGAAGGUGCAGGUGAAGGAGUCGCUGCAGCGGGGCUCCUCCAGAGGUUACCUCUGUUGUUUAAGGGCUGAGCACCAGACAUGCACUCUCCACCUCGACAGGAAUAUGUUUCUAUAAGCUUCGCUGAAAAGGGAAGUGGAGGUUACAACAACAGUAAGCAGUGGAGGAGGCAGUCCUGCUGGAGGAAAUGGAAGCAGCUGUCCAGACUGCAGCGGAGCCUCAUCCUCUUCUUCCUCGUGCUUCUCUUUAUUUGUGGAAUUGCUUCCUAUCCUUCUGUUACUGAACACCUCAGAGGCCUUACAGAUGAAGAGCAGAACACGGACACAAACAGCGUCCUGAGGCCCGUCAUCCCUCAUGUGUUGCCUGAGCCCGUCAAACAGGAGCAACAACUACCACUUCCUGAACAAACCUCCCAGAGGAAAUUAUCCAACAAGAGAAGACCGCCCAUCCUUCAGAACCGACUCCAGGUGAAAGGGAACAUUUCAGACAAUGAGCUGGGAGAGAGGGCAGCUGACAAGAAGAAAGAUGGAGAGGAGGUGGUCAUCAGCUGGCGUGGGGCUGUGAUCGACACUGAGCAGGGCACACUGGCAACUAAAGAUGAGGACAAUAAGGAGGCUUUACCUGCCAGUCAGAAGGCUGAAACAACCAAGGAGACAGCCAACAGGCUGGAGGCGGUGCGAGACUCCUUCAGACAUGCAUGGAAGGGUUACAAAGACUUCGCUUGGGGCCACGAUGAGCUCAGGCCUCUCUCCAAGUCCUACAGCGAGUGGUUCGGCCUGGGUCUGACGCUCAUCGACGCCCUGGACACCAUGUGGAUCCUCGGACUGAAAGAAGAAUUUGAAGAAGCAAAGACCUGGGUGUCCACAGAGCUCACAUUCAGCAAAAACGUAGACGUCAACCUGUUUGAAAGCACCAUCCGCAUCCUGGGAGGCCUGCUGAGCACCUACAAUCUGACUGGAGACACUGUGUUCCUCGAGAAAGCCAAAGACAUCGGCUCCAGACUCAUGCCAGCCUUCAACACGCCGUCCAAGAUCCCUUACUCUGAUGUGAACAUUGGGAAAGGCACCGCCCACCCCCCUCGCUGGACCUCGGACAGCACUGUCGCAGAGGUUGCAAGCAUCCAGCUGGAGUUCAGAGAGCUGACCCGUCUCACACAGGAACCACAGUACCAGGCUGCGGUGGCCGAGGUCACGACACAGAUCCACAAACUGGACGGCAAGCUAGACGGUCUGGUGCCAAUGUUCAUCAACACGAACAGCGGGCAGUUCACUCAUCAAGGAAUCUACACGCUGGGAGCCCGCGCAGACAGCUACUACGAAUACCUGCUGAAACAGUGGAUCCAAGGAGGCAAGAAGGAGGACCACUUCUUGGAGGACUAUCUGCAAGCAAUGGAAGGAGUGAAGAAGAAUCUGUUGCAGAAGUCUUCCCCUAACGGCCUCACCUUUGUUGGAGAGCUCUCACACGGACAGUUCAGCCCUAAAAUGGACCACCUGGUGUGCUUCCUGCCAGGCACUCUGGCCCUCGGCGCUCACAACGGCCUUCCUUCUGAUCACAUGGACCUAGCCAAACAGCUGAUGGAGACCUGCUACCAGAUGUACGUCCAGAUGGAGACGGGCCUGAGUCCAGAGAUCGUCCACUUCAACAUGCACGAGGGAAGCAACAGAGACAUCGACGUAAAGCUGGCAGACAGACACAACCUCCUGCGACCAGAGACUGUGGAGAGCCUUUUCUACCUGUACAGAUUCACCGGGGACCUCAAGUACCGCGAUUGGGGCUGGGACAUCCUCAAGAGCUUUAACAAGUACACGAAGAUUUCCUCCGGCGGCUACACCUCCAUCAACAACGUGCGAGACCCGGACUACACGAGUCCUCGAGACAAGAUGGAGAGCUUCUUCCUGGGCGAGACGCUGAAGUAUCUGUACCUGCUCUUCUCCGAUGACCCGGACCUCAUCAGCCUGGACCAGUACGUCUUCAACACCGAGGCUCACCCCCUGCCUAUAUGGCCUUCCACUGAGUGACACAAACACACACAGGAAGUCCAAAAACUGCACAUACGAGCAUUACAAACAUCUCAGGGACGUUCUGAUCACACGAUGAUUCCUUUGUUGUGUGUGUCAGUGACAGGAUGUUGACCACACGUGAAGAAAUCCUCCUUUUCUAACUGAGUCUGAUAUUUGUACAAACAGCCAUGGAUAAUCCACGCCAGUCUGCGGCUGAGCCUUUCUGUGUGAGACUGAGCGCUCAUGAGCUUCUGCUAGUGACAGAGUUCACGCUCCAGUUCUCUGUCAUCCGGACCGCGAAUCAGCAUUCAACGAAAACCUGAUUGUGACUUGAAUCGAUGAUGUCUUAACCACGUUUCAAAAAGACCAGGAGGAGGAGGAGGAGGAGGAGGAUGGUCAGGUUGGACUGCAACACUUCAGUUUAAGGGUGCUCGUAGCUUACAUUUCAGUUCCAGUUACAUUCUUCACUUUCUUACAGACGUGAUCGUUUCUCCGUCACGUUCACCUCCUGUCGUUUUUUAACCCCCCCCCCCCCCCCCCCCUGCUUCUUACUGUUACAGUGAAAGGAGGUGUAAUGAAGGAAAGAGAGUGACACUUCUGCACGGUGUUCAGGGAAAUCUAUUUAGUGGGCUGUUUUUUUUAAGUGGGAACAUUUAGCGCAACACAAACCCAGCUGCGGUCCAAACAGCCAAUCAGGAGGGGUUAUUGCUGCAGCAGCAUCGUAGCACCAAACAUCUCCGCUAGCAUUCGGUGUCUGAUUUAGCACCGCCAGCAGCUAAAGGGAGGCUUGACACUGUUGACACACACAUCACAACUGGUGGUAGUUACGCUGUAGCUGCUCUGAAUGCUGCUUCGUCACCUUUUGACGACCCCCAGCAGCAGCAGAGGAUUUAAGGCUCUGUUGACGAUGACAGCGUCCGAGUAUUAGAGCUGCACGGUAUGUGGUUUAAACACAAGAGGACCUAAAAGCACACCUCACCAGUUCGUUGUUUCUGUGGAGAAGUCCGUCUGAUCGUACAUCAGCGCAGCCCUCCAUCAGAGCGCAGAGCGGACUGUGUGUGCAGGCGGCUUUUGAAGGAAGUCAGAAACAGCUUGAUUCCAAAACAUCUAAAAGUAGGAUUAUUACUGUUACUGAAUUUUGUCUUUAAUCUGAGAAUUCGGACUUUAAUCUCAGAAUUCUGACUUUAAUCUGAAUAUUCUGACCUCAAUCUGAAAUUUCUGACUUUUGAAUUCUGUAUUUAAUCUGAGAAUUCUGACUUUUCAAUUCUGUCUUUAAUCUGAGAAUUCUGACUUUAAUCUCAGGAUUCUGAUUUUUGAAUUCUGUCUUUAAUCUGAGAAUUCUGACUUUUGAAUUAUAUCUUUAAUCUGAGAAUUCUGACUUUAAUCUCAGGAUUCUGACUUUAAUCUGAAUAUUCUGACUUUAAUCUGAAUAUUCUGACUUUAAUCUGAGAAUUCGGACUUUUGAAUUUUGUCUUUAAUCUGAGAAUUCGGACUUUAAUCUCAGAAUUCGGACUUUAAUCUCAGAAUUCGGACUUUAAUCUGAAUAUUCUGACUUCAAUCUGAAAUUUCUGACUUUUGAAUUCUGUAUUUAAUCUGAGAAGUCUGACUUUGUUCUCAGAAUUCUGACACCUCACCUGUUCGUUGUUUCUGUGGAGAAGUCCGUCUGAUCGUACAUCAGCGCAGCCCUCCAUCAGAGUCCAGAGCGGACUGUGUGUGCAGGCGGCUUUUGAAGGAAGUCAGAAACAGCUUGAUUCCAAAACAUCUAAAAGUAGGAUUAUUACUGUUACGGUUGCCCUAAGCAACAAUGGUACACAGGCUCAACAGUGGAGACCGCAACAUACAAGGACAGAAGGGACUCUGCACAAAGAUGCCAACAAAACCUCAUGCUUUAUUUCAGAAUCAGAAUCAGAAAUACUUUAUUCAUCCCACAGGGAAACUCAGUCAUUAAAGUAAGAAUAUCAAAUAAUAUUAAUAGAAGAAAGUAACUGAUAAGAUAUGAAUACAAAUACAAAGAAAAUAAUGAUAAUAUAAGUUUGUACAGAAGACAAAAUAAGCCAUGUAGAAAAUACUAAAUUAAAUAAAAUAAUACAAAAAUUAAAUAAAAUUUAAAAAUAUUGUAAAAUAGUAGAAUCCCCUCCAAAAUUAAAGAACAAAUGUGAUCAAAAGAAAUAAGGGAAACAACAAGGGACUGGAGACCCCGGCCAAAGAAGGUGCUGGGCCAGCCGCGCACUGGACCGUCCCUCCCAGCACCUCACGCUAACCUAGACUGGGAAUAACAAAAUCUGAAUCAUAGGGGAAAAGAAAACCAAUAACUAAACUACUUGAAAUCUCCAGCCCAAACUAACACAACAAACAAAAACCCCAACAAAAUAAACUUGUUUGGGACAAACAAAAAAGACAGGGAAAACAACCCAAACCCUCUUCAUACGUGUGCCGUCCUGUGUCAGAGCGUGCCCACCUCUCUCUUCCACUUUUAUCUUACCUCCCUCCUACCUGCAAGCUAAUCGCACACAGGUGCACAGCCAGCAGAGGGGGGCGUGGCCAGAGGGACAGCAGAGAGAGAGAGAGAGAGAGAACCCCUGAGGAGCUGUACAUAACAAUUACUAUAAUUAAUUUGUAUUUAAAUUAAUUAGUGUGUUUCAAAAAUUCCAGAAAGAUAUUGCACCUUUGUUUUUCCCUGUACUGUGCAGCUCUAUGAUUAGGGAUGGUGACCGUUUCCAUCACUGCCUGAUGGUCUGACCCCGUACAGGACGGGGCCCUCAGGCUGGUUACCUGUGUAGCAUUCAGCAGCCAGCAGCUGUCUGACUCUGAACCAACAGCCCCUGUGUUACACUUCCUGUGCGCUGUGAGGCGGCGUGUUUGCUCCUGCAGGGGGCGUCACUCCGUCUGUAGGUGGUCCAGUUAGGACUCUUCUCAGACAGCUGCAGUCUCCAGGACUCUGCUGUGAGCACGCUGUGAGUCAGCUGUGAGUACGCCCCUCAGCCCAUGUUUUGCUGUUUCUCCAUGAUGCGUUCAUGUCAUAUGGGAAAUGUGACCAUCCUCUGUGAAAAUCCUUGAAAAAGUCAAGGAGAAAGUGUUGACUGCAGCACUAUAAGUGGAUGUUGCUGACCAGAUGAAGAGUGAAUGAGUUCGUUGUGAAGGGCUUUGGUUAUGAGAUUAGAAUAAGGGCCGAGCUUAGAGAAUAAAAAUCAGGAUGUAGAUUAUUUUGAUCUUUCAAUCGUAGUGACAAAUAUUAGAAAUGAAUGAAUCAGAGGAAGCUAAUACUUAAAUGAAAUCUUCCUGAUAACCUCCUGAAGUCUUGUUUGUUACGAUGACGAGGCUGUGUUUUCCCAUAUGACCUGAACGCAGCAUCGUUACCUGGGGCUCAGGUGAGCUUGGUCUUGUUGCCCGGCUGCAGGUUUUUCUUCUGAACUGUGAAGCUUUGUAGUUUUCUGAGGAGCGUCGGUGCUCUCUUCUCUGAAUGUUCUGCUUCUUUCUUCUUCUGUGGUUUUUCCUGGGUAAGGUGUAGCGUACUUUGGUUCUUACUAUCAGUGAUGAAUUGUGAGGUAUUGAUUUGUUGUAAUAUAUUGAUUUGUAGUGUAUAUUUAAAGGUCUAAUUGCAGCUACCUUCAGCUCUCCUGGCGGUGGGUAGUUUGACUUUUCUUUAGUAGCAGCAGCUUUGGAGCAGCUGCUCUCAUUCCUGUAAAUACUCUUUGUUUACUCAACGUGAAGUCGUCCAUUUUCAAAUCUUCAUCCGUUUUUAUUGAGACCAAACGUGUACAUACUUUGUCCUGGGUGUUGUCUCACUCGUGCCUUUGCUGUUGCUUCAGACAACACUCACACAACUGUUACCUUUUAAUGUCUUUCCUUUCAGCUCUUUUAGAUUUACACAUAGAAACCAGAUGUGAUGUGGACGCCCAUUCCCACAGGAGCAUGUGGAAACCAGAAGCCAGAAUAAUAAGAUACAAAUGAUUAUUAUAGAAAAUUCUGAACUAUGAGAAAGAGUCAAAAUUAUGAGAAGAAGUCAAAUAGUUAUGAGAUUAAAUUCAAAAUCAUAAGAUGAAGAGUUGAAUUUAUGAGAUGAUGGGUCGUAAUUAUAAAAGUACAUAAAAAGUAAUUUCAAAAGAGUCAAAAUGAUGACAUCUCUAUUACAAGAUAACUUCAAAGUGGUGUGUGAAACUUAGGAAAAAAAGUCAGAAAGGAGAUCAAAAGUCAAAUUAUAUAAAAAAAAUGAUUUAACAAGAAGUCAUAAUCAUGGAUUAAAAAGGUCAAGAUUAUGAACCAAAAAAGUCCCAAAUAUGAUCCUUAAAGUCCAAUUAACAGAACUACAAAGUCAACAAAGUAGCUUAAAGUUUAAACAUUUUGAGUUUUAAAAGUCUGAAAUAUGAGCUAAAAUGUCUCAAUUAGGUGCUUAAAAAAGUCCCAAAUACAAACUGACAAAUCCAAAUUUGUGAAAGUCAAAAAUUUUAGCUUAAAAAAGUAGUUAUGAUAUAAAACAAAUCUAAAGUAUGAGUAAGUGUCAAAAUGAUGAGCUUAAAAACCAAAAAAUAUAAGCAGAAAAGUCAAAAUGUUGAGCCUAAAAGUAAAAAACAUGAGAUUUUAAGUCAACAUUAUUACUUCAAAAGUCCCAAAUAAGAGCUUAAAAGUCACAACUAUGAGCCAAAAAUGUUAAAUUAUGAGCUAAGAAUAGAAAAAGGACAUAAAAGAAGUUCUAAAUAUGAGUUCAAAACUCUGAAUCAUGGAAACAGAAAAAAAAGAUACAGUGUGAACUCACAAGUCAAAGUUACAAGCUUUUAGUUCAACAGAUGAGCUCUGAAAAAAAAUGUUUAAAUGAGAAAAACCAAAGUUGAGGAAAUCUGACAAAUAGGAUGAGAGAAAAUCUAAAACAUUGAAAUGUAAUGUCAGAUUAAUUUUUAAAAUGAUCUGAUUUAAGAUGUGAGCAAAAGAAUAAUGGAUGAGACUGUCUUUUAAAAGAAGAUCAAAUUUGAGAUUAAGUUAUGAGACAGUUCAAGUUGAGAUCAGAUUAAUUAUAAGAUUAAAAGUCUAAAAGGUUCAUUAAGAAAUGGGAGAGUUUUGAUUCUGAAAUUAAUAAUAAACAAACUGAUAAUGUAUAAUCAUGAGACUCAAGCUUGAAACAAUAUCAGUGAAAAAGUAACUAAAAAAAGAGCAUAAAAUGUGACUUUUAUUUGAUCAUUUUGACUCAUUUUCUUUUAAUAAUGAUAAUCUCAGAUUUUAUUCUAUCACAGAGAUCAGUUUUGAUCUCUAUCUUUCUGCAGGAAUGGGCUCCGUAGUGAAAGGCUGCUGUGAUCACUGCAGACGAGUAUUUUUCCAGUCGAACAAUGAAAAAAAGAGUGAUAUAUUUAUAGCAGUCCUUCAAAGCAAUCAUUAGCUUUACAUAAUACCAAUCCCGAGCAGUGUGUUUUUAAAUCCUGUGUAUAAGGGCUCUGCGUGAUCCCUCCCUGGAUGUAGUCCAGCGUCAUCCCCAAAGACGCACUGAGGAUCAAAUCACCGGUGUUUGAUCUGUCCGGGGUUUUAAAAACGAAAGCCAUUUUUCCAAAGCCACCUUUUUCUGGAGAAAUAAACACAGUGAGGAGAUAUUUUCAGCUUUUUGAUAACACUGUGUGAGUGUCUUUAGGAUUCAAGUCAUGGAGGACAGAGCAGGAGAGAUUCUUCCUUUCAUAUUCCUGUUUUUCAGACGUUCAUUCAAGGUAGCAUCAAGUGGAUUCAUGUGAAAACGCAGUGACUGUGGACCUCCCAACAGAGAGAGAAACACUGCUCUCACAUCUCAUCACGGGGAGUGACAGGCUGACACUUUCACAGCCAGAGCUGCUGAGUGUGGGAGUACCUGUUAGUCAUGUGUUUACAGGAACUAUGGGUACUGUAAGUAGUUCUCCAGGAGCCACUUGUGGAACACACACUGCCAUGUUCUUAUCAACCUGUAGGUAGAGUGAUCUUUGGUUCCAGAGUGCUGUGACCUCUUCACACUCAUCAUCACAAACAUUCAGGAGGGCAAAGAGUACGUCACACAUUCAGCUGCGGUUACAUUUUAACUCGCGUUUUCAGACUCUGUAAAUAAAGUUUGCAGGAUUCUCUGUCGCAGGAUUUUUGAUGGUUGUGUUGAGUUCCAGAAACCACAGUGGGGUCAGUGGGGUCAGUGGGUGGUGGAGUCCAGUUCAGUCAGUGUUUUUUUUAUUUUAUUACAGUCUUUAAAAAACAUACACAAUGAAUUGUUUACGUCACCUGGUGUACAAUGAACGCUGGAUUGGCUUUAUUUUAUAAAAGAAAACAAUGUACAAAUAAAAAGAGAUUUUAUUGAAA